AUCACCCAUCAGUUCGAAACCCUCGUUGUUGGUUCUUCUUCUCUUGUAUGCACAUACCACUCGGUAGCCACACAGACCACACAAAGAUCAGCCAAGGUGGUGAUGAUGAUGAUGAUUACUAUUUAUUGUCUGCAAUACAUAUGAUCUUGUUAGGUUUUUCAAUUCCAUUGAAGAAAAAACCCUAAGGGUCGUGUUUUGAUGAGAGGCAUGAAAUCAUUUGACAGGAACGUGAAAAUUUGUCACGCUGGAAGCGAUUAUUGUUCAAUAUUUGUGAGUAUUGGUUUAUUAGAAUGAUAAACGUUGUAAUUAGUACAGUCAGUAAGAGAUAUGGCACAACAAUCUUCUCGGCUCCAACGGCUGCUAACUUUACUGGAGACUGGCUCCACACAAGCUACAAGAUUCACUGCAGCUCGCCAGAUAGGGGAAAUUGCAAAAUUACAUCCUCAGGACUUGAGCUCUCUGCUACAUAAGGUCUCUCAAUAUCUUCGCAGCAAAAACUGGGAUACGAGAGUUGCGGCGGCUCAUGCCAUUGGAGCAAUUGCCGGGUGUUUUAAACAUUCAUCAAUGACAGAACUCUAUAAUCUUGUUGAGGCAAAGAUGAAGGAAGCUUGCAUAAAUUGUGCUGUCGAGGAUGUCGUUUUGUGGCCAAAGUCUCAUCCCAAAAUAAGUGCAAGCACUUCGUUUCAGAGCUUUGAACUCACUAAAGUCUUGGAAUUUGGGGCUCUUUUGGCAUCUGGGGGUCAGGAGUUUGAAGUUGCAAGUGAUUUCAUCAGCAACCCAAAAGAAAGAUUGGCCAAACAAAAGCAAAAUCUUAAACGGCGGCUGGGGAUGGAUGUAUGUGAGCAGUUCAUGGAUGUAAAUGAUAUGAUAAGAGAUGAAGAUCUUAUGAUGCAUAAAACAAAUUCCACUGGGACUGGAGUGGCUCCUCAAUUUUACCUCCAAAGAUCUGGUCGUAAUGUCCAGCAGUUUGUUGUUGAUGUGGUGCCUGGUUACAGGCCAAGGAGGCCAAGUGCUCGGGAGCGUAAUCUCUUAAAGCGCAAAGCUAAAAUAAGCUCAAAGGACCAAACAAAAGUUUGGUCUAAAGAUGGAGAACCGGAUGUGUCAGGCACUCAAGAGUUGAUUUCACCAAAAGGCAUUUCUCCAGAUCUACCGAGUGCCAAUUCGUUGUUUCAGGAUGCUAUUCCUGAUGAAGACGUCCCUGAGCAUGAAAAAGAUGGAACCUGGCCUUUCCACAACAUUGUCGAACAACUUAUCCUAGAUAUUUUUGAUCCUGGUAAGCUGCUGGUAAUAGAUGUUCAUUGUAGUAGUUUUACUAUCCUGCCAACACAUAAUGUUCUUAGAUUAAUGCUGCCAGUUUGGGAGGUGCGGCAUGGCAGUGUAAUGGCUUUAAGAGAAAUCUUGACACAUCAAGGUGGCUGUGCGGGAGUUCUUAUGCCAGAUAACAGCUGUGAUGGUAUAUUACUACCUGAGUCAGGAGAUAAGAUGAAAAGUGCCGUGAAGAGAGAAAGGGAAAUUGAUUUGAACAUGCAAAUCAUGUCAGAUGAAACUGAGCCAGACCUCAAGAAGCAGAAGCCUGAAGAUGCAUCAUUCGACCAGACGCAUGCAUUGGUCUCCACCAGCAAGGAUGCUAACUUUGCAACUAGUACAGUGGUUGCAGAUGUUGGAUGCAAUCUGUCUGUUGGACAGACAAAUGGUGAAAUGAUUGUAAAUUCUGUUAAGGCCGAGCCCCAGUCAUGUAUCGACAGUGUAUCUUAUCCACCUACUGAAGCUGCAGACGUGUCACGGCCAACAAAUUGUUUUGAUAACAAAGAUUUGGUGGAGAAGGUAGACAUUGUGGAAGGUCUUCCCCGAAAUAGUGAGCUGGUGAACUUGAUUAAGAGGGCUAGGAAUUCUUCCCUCAAAAACUCAGAACUCCUUCAGGAUUGUGGAAUUCGUUUCCUGUGUGUGCUGUCACUCGAUCGUUUUGGAGACUAUGUCUCUGAUCAGGUUGUUGCUCCGGUUCGUGAAACUUGUGCACAGGCAUUGGGAGCAGUGCUGAAGUACAUGCAUCCUUUGCUAGUUCAUGAGACACUGAAUGUCUUGCUGAAAAUGCAGCGUAGACCAGAGUGGGAAAUUCGCCAUGGCAGUCUUUUGGGUAUCAAAUAUUUGGUUGCCGUGCGUCAGGAGAUGCUUCCUGAUUUGCUGGGCCGUGUCAUUCCUGCUUGUAAAGCAGGUCUGGAAGAUCCUGAUGAUGAUGUAAGAGCAGUUGCUGCAGAUGCCUUAAUUCCCACUGCAUCUGCCAUUGUUUUACUUAGUGGAGAUAUAUUGCAUUCUAUCGUGAUGCUACUGUGGGAUAUCUUGCUAGACUUGGAUGAUUUGAGCCCAUCCACCAGCAGUGUGAUGAAUCUACUAGCAGAAAUAUAUUCUCAGGAAGAGAUGAUUUCUAGGAUGUUCUCAGCCCAGGAGUUCAAAGGAAAACAAGGAUUUGAUCUGAAUGAGAUUGUUUCUACUGAUGAUCUUGUACGCACGGGGAAUUCUCAAGAUAACCCCUACAUGCUGUCAACGUUAGCUCCAAGGUUGUGGCCAUUUAUGAGGCAUAGUAUCACAUCAGUUCGUUAUUCAGCCAUUCGCACAUUAGAGCGGCUACUUGAAGCAGAACACAGAAGGAGUAUAUCUGAAUCUUCUAGCUCCUUUUGGCCUUCUUUUAUAUUGGUUGACACUCUUAGAAUUGUCUUUCAAAAUCUGCUGCUCGAAUCGAACCAGGAAAUUUUACAGUGCUCAGAGAGGGUCUGGAGGCUGCUUCUCGAGUGCCCAGUGGAAGACUUGGAAGCUGCUGCGAGCUCAUACAUGGCAUCUUGGAUAGAGCUUAUAACUACUCCAUAUGGAUCACCGCUGGAUGCUACAAAAAUGUUUUGGCCUCUUGCACUUCCUCGUAAAAGUCAUUUCAAAGCUGCUGCAAAAAUGAGAGCGGUGAAGCUUGAAAAUGGUCUGUAUGCCAAUGUCGUCUCAGAUUCUGCUGAAGGAAUUCUUACUCAGGAUAGAAAUGGAGACGGUUCAAUGAGUUCUGUUAAGAUAAUCGUAGGUGCAGAUAGUGAAAUGUCAGUUACUAAUACUCGAAUAGUUACAGCCACAGCAUUGGGAAUUUUAGCAUCCAAGUUGCAUGAUGUUUCUGACCAGUAUGUGUUUGAUCCUUUAUGGAAGGCUAUUACCUCUUUAUCGGGAGUUCAGCGACAGGUGGCUUCCUUGGUUCUGAUUUCUUGGUUUAAAGAGAUGAAAAACAGAGGCCUUUCUGGAAGCAAGGGACUUACCUCUGGCAACUAUAAUACCAUAAAGAAUAGGUUGUUGGAGUUGCUAGCAUGUACAGAUCCAGCAUUCCCUACAAAAGUUCCACAUCUUCCUUAUGCUGAACUUUCAAGAACCUAUGAUAAAAUGCGGAAUGAGGCAUCUCAGCUGAUUAGUGUACUUGAAUCAUGUGGCAUGCUCAAUGAAGUCUUGCCAUCUAAGAAAAUGGAUGUGGAGAAUUUGACUGCUGAUGAUGCAAUGACCUUUGUUUCAAAUUUGCCAGUGCUAAGUAAUGAUGGUGCUGCUGGGGAAGAUUCAGUUGGGAGGAAUAGCAUUGAUGAAGUAGAGUCUAUAAAACAGAGACUUUUGACCACUUCAGGCUACUUAAAAUGUGUUCAGAGCAAUUUGCAUGUUACUGUAUCGGCCUUGGUUGCUGCUGCAGUUGUUUGGAUGUCUGAGCUUCCUGCUAAGCUUAAUCCAAUUAUAUUACCCUUGAUGGCCUCAAUUAAGAGAGAACAGGAGGAAGUACUACAAAAUAUGGCAGCAGAGGCCCUCGCAGAGCUUAUAUUUCAUUGUGUUCUACGUAAGCCUGGUCCCAAUGACAAGCUAAUCAAAAACCUGUGUGGUUUGACAUGCAUGGAUCCUUGUGAGACUCCUCAAGCUGGAGUAUUGAGUUCAAUAGAGAUUAUUGAGGAACAAGAUCUCCUUCCCUUUGGAAGCAAUUCUACUAAAACAAAACCCAAAGUUCACAUGCUGGCUGCUGGUGAAGAUAGAUCAAAGGUUGAGGGAUUUAUAUGUAGGCGAGGAUCGGAGUUUGCUUUGAAGCAUUUAUGCGAUAAGUUUGGUGCUUCAUUGUUUGAGAAGCUUCCUAAGCUAUGGGAUUGUCUUACCGAGAUAUUGAGGCCUAUGACACCAGGAGAUGAAGUGCUUGUUAGCCAAGCAAUAGAUUCUAUUAAAGACCCCCAAGUUUUGAUAAAUAAUAUCCAGGUGGUUCGCUCUAUUGCAUCUAUGCUAGAUGAGACAUUAAGGACUCAACUGAUGAUGCUUCUCCCAUGCAUUUUUAGCUGUGUUCGCCAUUCACAUGUUGCUGUUAGAUUAGCUGCUUCAAGGUGUAUCACAUCAAUGGCCAAGUCGAUGACAGUUAACAUUAUGGGCGCUGUAAUUGAGAAUGUAAUCCCUAUGUUGGGUGAUAUGACAUCUGUUAAUGCUAGACAGGGAGCAGGGAUGCUGAUGAGUCUGCUUGUUCAGGGAUUGGGCACUGACCUGGUUCCUUAUGCACGUCUGUUAGUUGUUCCGCUUUUAAGGUGUAUGAGUGAUUGUGAUCAUUCUGUUAGACGAAGUGUGACACAUAGCUUUGCUGCACUUGUACCUCUUCUUCCCCUUGCCCGUGGCGUCUCCCCUCCUGCUGGUUUAAGUGAGUGCUUGUCCAAAAAUACAGAUGAUGCAGAGUUCUUGGAGCAACUUGUUGAUAACUCGCAUAUUGAUGAUUACAAGGUCCCAACCGAGUUGAAAGUGACCCUGAGAAGGUAUCAGCAGGAGGGUAUAAACUGGUUGGCCUUUUUAAAGCGCUUUAACCUUCAUGGAAUUUUAUGUGAUGAUAUGGGACUUGGUAAAACCCUACAAGCAUCAGCUAUUGUGGCAUCUGACAUUGUAGAGCGUCGGGCGUCGAGUAAUGGCGAGGAUCCUCCAUCAUUAAUCAUUUGCCCAUCUACUCUUGUUGGACACUGGGUAUAUGAGAUAGAAAAGUUCAUUGAGGCAUCUGUUAUAACUACGCUUCAGUAUGUUGGUUCUUCUCAAGAACGUGUUACAUUGCGCUCGCAGUUUCCCAAGUAUAAUGUCAUUAUAACAUCUUAUGACGUGAUUCGAAAAGAUAUUGAUCAUAUGAGACAGCUAUUAUGGAACUAUUGUAUUUUAGAUGAGGGGCACAUAAUUAAGAACGCAAAAUCUAAAAUCACGUGUGCUGUGAAACAACUGAAGGCCCAACACCGUCUUAUAUUAAGUGGAACACCGAUUCAGAAUAAUGUCUUGGAACUGUGGUCUCUGUUUGACUUUCUGAUGCCGGGAUUUCUUGGAACCGAGAGACAAUUCCAAGCAACUUAUGGGAAACCACUAGUCGCCGCUCGUGAUUCUAAAUGUUCAGCCAAGGAUGCUGAAGCAGGUGUACUUGCAAUGGAAGCAUUGCACAAGCAGGUCAUGCCUUUUCUCCUCCGCCGCACAAAAGAUGAAGUCUUGACUGACCUUCCGGAGAAAAUAAUUCAGGAUAGAUACUGUGACUUGAGUCCUGUUCAACUGAAACUUUAUGAACAGUUUUCGGGUUCACAUGCAAAACAUGAAAUUUCCAGUAUGGUCCAAUCAAAUGAGACAGAAGCAGGGGAAGGGGAAGGAAAAGAUACAUCUAAAACAUCUUCUCAUGUGUUCCAGGCUCUUCAAUUUUUACUUAAACUCUGCAGUCAUCCUUUGCUUGUCCUUGGUGGAACAAUUCAAGAGUCACUUCCCCGCCUUUUGCCUGAUCUUUUUGCAACAAGUUCCGACAUUAGUUCAGAACUCCAUAAACUGCACCACUCCCCCAAGUUAGUUGCUCUUCAGGAAAUUUUGGAAGAGUGUGGCAUAGGUGUUGAAAGCUCGAGUUCUGAAGGCUCUGUUGGGCAACACAGAGUUCUGAUAUUCGCACAGCAUAAGGCGCUGCUGGACAUUAUCGAGAAAGACUUGUUUCAUGUCCAUAUGAGAAGUGUCACAUACUUGCGGUUGGACGGAUCAGUUGAACCAGAAAAGCGUUUUGACAUUGUUAAAUCUUUCAAUUCAGACCCUACCAUCGAUGUUUUGCUCCUGACAACACAUGUUGGCGGACUUGGUUUGAAUUUAACCUCAGCUGAUACCCUAGUUUUCAUGGAACAUGAUUGGAAUCCAAUGCGAGACCAUCAGGCAAUGGAUAGAGCACACAGGUUGGGUCAGCGGAAGGUUGUUAAUGUUCAUCGUCUCAUAAUGAGAGGGACUCUGGAAGAGAAGAUUAUGAGCCUCCAAAAGUUCAAAGUGUCGGUCGCCAAUGCUGUCAUUAACUCGGAAAAUGCUAGUCUCAAAACAAUGAACACCGAUCAAUUGCUUGAUCUAUUUACUCCAGCCGAUACUAAAAAGGGUGCAUCCACUUCAAAGGGAUCUGAAAACGACGGAUUACCAAAAGUACCAGGUAGCGGUAAAGGGUUAAAAGCCAUCCUUGGUGGACUCGAGGAGCUUUGGGAUCAAUCACAGUACACGGAAGAAUACAAUUUGAGCCAAUUUUUAGCGAAAUUGAACGCGUGAGCUGCCCUUGUAUAAAAAGGAAUUAUUAUAUGGCAAAUGCAUAGCAAGCAGCGUAGCUACCUGUACAGUCUAGUACUACAUUUUUUGAGCUAGAGCUCGUGAUUUUGACACAGUUUUUUCCGGAUUUCCCUUUUUGCCCUUUGCGUAAUUUAGUAUAGAGCAAGGAUUAGGAAGAGGUUUGCAAGAGUAAGUGAAAGAAGCAAAGGAUGAUAUUGUAGUGCUUACUAACUUGUGUUUUGAGCAAGGGUGAUGAUCUGAAUUGAUCUGUUUUAUGUCUGUAGCAGGUUUUUGGUACAUACAUUAUAUGAAUUUGCCAUGGUUUAUGGCUUUAUUGCUCAAGACUUUUGUUUCUAUGA